AUGUUUGUGGCAACAGGUAAGAAGGUGUAUGAAUCAUUUAAGAGUGGUAAAAUACCAAAAGCAAAAAGCGAAAUCGGUGGCUUAAGCCCGCGAUUCGAGGUUUUGAUUCGGAUUGCUGGUAUAAUUGCUUGCUCAUCUUUUGCGGCCUAUAUGGUUGGAAAUAUGCUCAUCGCAGUCAAUCGAUACUCUGCACUACGCCUGAAAGAUCGAUAUGAAGAGCAUGGAAUGCGCUUCAAUCGCUUUGUUAAGGUUUGGAACCGAAGAAAUGUACGUAUUAUAAUAGGACUACAAUAUGGCUGUGCCUUUGCAGCUUUCACUCCACUAUUCAAAGCAGAAUACAUAUUUCUCCAAAAUGCUGAUGGAACUUACAUUAUGGGUUUAGAUAGACGUAGCGAUCUGGUCAGUUUUGUUACGAUGUCUGGUAUUGUGCCUUAA